CCGCGGCCGCCGCCAGCAGGGCCCUCCGCCGCCUCGCGUCCCGGGCCCCCUCGGCCGUCCCCGUCCGUGCUCCGCCCUCCCGCGGCCCCGGCGGCCCGGACCCCGUCCCUCGCGGGCCCCGACUUCUUCUCCCCGCCGUCCCCGGGAGCCCGGAGCCCGGCGCCCGGCUCGGGUCGCACCGCCCGCGGCCCGGGAGCGCGGCCGAGCAAUCUCCAACUGGAUAUCUGGGGCACCUCUUCUGUUGUUUCUGAGUCUUCAAUUGGAAGUUAACAAGACUCUACGGCCUGGAAGGGAAAUAAAAGGUGCCUUGGGCCUGUUGAAAUCCAGCCCCUGUCAGAUGAAGCCUUCCGUUAUAUUUUGUGCAGCAUAGAGCACUUUAAGAGAGGAAGGAUUCCCUGUGACUUCUGCCUGCAAUCCAUAAAAUAGUCAGUCCUCUUUCAACUCUGCCUGCAGUUGAACACAAAGACCUGGAGGAGACUCCCACAUCCUUCGGGGAGGAGAAAGGAGGCGGCGAAGCCGAUUAAAGGAACUUGGGGCUUGGGGCCUUUCCGCAUCGGGCGGCCGGCGAGGGGGCGAGGGGAUUGAAGCCCCGGGGCGGUGAACGAGCCGGGAGAUGAGGCGCUGCUGCCGCCGCCGCCGCCGCUGACCCUCGGUUCCGGACCGUCCGCUGCCCUUUGUGCCGCCCGCACAUGUGUCUGCUCGGCGCAUCCGGAGGCGCGCAGACGAGCAUCCACCACGGCCGCCGGGGAGAGAGCGCCCGCCAUGCCCACGGAGAGCCUACAGACAGGUAGCAUGGUGAAGCCGGUCAGCCCCGCCGGCACCUUCACGUCGGCCGUGCCCCUGCGCAUCCUCAACAAGGGGCCCGACUACUUUCGCCGGCAGGCGGAGCCCAACCCCAAGAGACUCAGCGCCGUGGAGCGGCUGGAGGCCGACAAGGCCAAGUACGUCAAGAGCCAGGAGGUCAUCAACGCCAAGCAGGAGCCCGUGAAGCCGGCCGUGCUGGCCAAGCCCCCCGUGUGCCCGGGCGCCAAGCGCGCGCUCGGCAGCCCCACGCUCAAGGGCUUCGGCGGCGGCGGCGGCGGCGGCGCCAAGAGCGAGGGCGGCGCGCCGCGCGAGACCCUGAAGCUCGAGAUCCUCAAGAACAUCCUCAACAGCUCGGAGGGCGCGAGCGCGGGCGCGGGCCACAAGCACGGCGCGCGGAACUGGCCGGCGCCCCGGGCCGACGCGGCCGAGCUGCACCGGCACUCGUUCGCCGAGUCGCUGCGCGCGCGCCCCGCGCCCGGCCGCGGCAGCCCGCAGGAGGGCGGCUCGCACGUGGGCCGGCGGCCGCUCGAGCCCGGCCCCGACGCCUUCCUGCACGUGUCGCACAGCUCGUCGGACAUCCGCAAGGUGCCCGGCGCCAAGCCCCUGAAGGCCAUCCCCUGCAGCAGCUCCGCCCCGCCGCUGCCCCCCAAGCCCAAGGUCGCCGCCCCAGCGGCCGCGCUCAAGUCCCCCGAGGCCGAGGCGGCCGAGCCGGCCUGCGCGGUGGGCCGGAGGCCCUCGCUGCAGCGCUCCAAGUCGGACCUGAGCGACCGGUACUUCCGGGUGGACGCCGACGUGGAGCGCUUCUUCAACUACUGCGGACUGGACCCCGAGGAGCUGGAGAGCCUGGGCAUGGAGAACUUCGCGCGGGCCAACUCCGACAUCAUCUCCCUCAACUUCCGCAGCGCCAGCAUGAUCAGCUCGGACUGUGAACAGUCUCAGGACAGUAACAGUGACCUUAGAAACGAUGACAGUGCCAAUGACCGGGUGCCCUACGGCAUCUCCGCGAUCGAGAGAAACGCUCGCAUCAUCAAGUGGUUGUAUAGCAUCAAACAAGCCAGAGAGUCGCAGAAGGUGUCCCACGUGUAAGAGGCAGCGCGCGCCGCGGAGGGAGGGGGUUCUCUGUCAGUGCCUCCCCGGCAGUUGUGAAGGUUGUGAGGUCUCCUUGAAGUGUUGUGAGCUUCUCCACUCUCUUUGUGUUGCUUGUUGUGCCAUGUCUUUCGAGCUGCAUGCCCGCCCACGUGGGGACUGACCUGGCGUCCUGGGCAACCAUCGCUGCAGAGCCUGGCCGGUCGCGCGUCAUCCGCCAAAAUUCUGAUUAGGGCUUCGAUCUUCAGCAAAACUGUUUACACGAAAAACAACAGUAUACAACUUCUUCAAUAUUUAUGUGGUUCUUGUGUUUUUAUAUCCCGCGCUAUGGUGUCUUAAUUAAAAGUUUUAUCAACUGGC